UAUUUUCAUAUUCUGGGUAACGUCUCGUCCAACUCUACCCUGACAUUAGGAAUAACAAUUCGAAGGAGAGAGAAUUGUUUCAGGCAUUUGUGUGGAUUAAUUACUACCUCAAUAUGGGUAUCUUGAUUUCCAGAUUUCGGAAAAAGAAAACGACGAUUGAAGUUCUGGAGGAUCUUGACUCGAAAAUCAAAGAGAUUCAGCAGUAUGGACAGACGACUGAACAGAGACACAAAAAAAUUGUGGGGACUCUGAUAAUUUACAGUGUUAUACUUUAUGUUGUGACAGCUGUCCUCUUCUACUUUUAUUUCUUCCCUGCAGCAUUGUACGAUCAACUGUUCUACAUUAUUCCACUGCUGAUUUUCCCAUUGCUCAUCGUCUUCACCAAGAAACUGGUGACAUGGUACUACAAACGAAAGAUCUCGAGAAAUCAGGAGAAACUCUCAAUAAUGCAAGAACAGAAGAAAAAAAUUCUGGAAGACGUGACAGAGACAGAAACGUACAAAAAGGCAAAGGAGAUUCUUAUGAAAUUUGCGCCUGAUCAACUGAGAAUGACACCACUGACACCUCAGCCCGCUUCGAAAGUAGUCACGAGCCCCGCAUCGACACCGAGAUGCCCUAGCACUCCUCAGGGAACAGUGCGAUCCCCGACAGGUGGUGGUGAGCUGAGAAGACGUGCCUUAACGUUAUCAAGCCCUCAAGAAAAUUCCUCAGUAGGUAGGGGCUUUUCUGGUACUGUUCCAGUGACACCUUCAGGUACCCCGUCUCUCUCCUCUCUACCGAGUAGGCCACAGAACUCGGCGAUAACGAGCCCCUGUUCACCUUUGCCACGUCCCAUUCUCUCUCAGCAGAGAAGUUAUUUGGAUCGUCUGGUGGAGUAUCUAGUCGGAGAUGGGCCCUCUAAUCGGUAUGCAUUGAUCUGCCAUCAGUGUGAUUCGCACAAUGGCAUGGCGCUGAAGGAGGAAUUCGAGUAUUUUGGGUUCAGAUGCUGUUACUGCAAUUACUGGAAUCCAGCUCGCAAGCAGAAGCCCUCAGCCCCAAAGCUUGAGACUGAAGCAGCUUCACCGUUCUCUUCGGCCCUGAGCGCCAAGAAAUCCAACGACACCGAGGCCUCCUCAUCCUCAGGAACAGACUCCGAUAUUGAGGUAGUGGAGAAGCCCGAGACCCCCGAGGUUCCAAAUGGCAAAGUGGAGGAGCAAAUAUCUCAACAAAGUGAUAGACCUAAACCAGAGAAGGAGGUGACAGCCGAGACAGAGGUGGAGGAACCAGAGAAAUCAGUCGAAGUACAAAGUGAGCAGAUGGAGGUGGACGAUUCGACGAAAGAAUAAUUGGAGAGGCCGAGAACAACCACUAGGGAGAACUGGAAAAAUUCCUCGAGAAAUAAUCAGGAAUUACCACAAGUGGCAUGCAUAAUUGUUAAGUUAAUCAGCUCGCGUCAUCUGUGAGGUGGAAAAUGGAACACUGUUAGGGGAGAAUGUCAUGGGGAGUCCUUCUCAAGAUAUUGAAAUCACCGGAUAUAUUGGAACAGAUGAAUUGAAUGAUUUCAUUGAUCCAUUCCACUUAGUAUUCAGUCGACUUGUGCUACUGACAAUGAGGAAUUAAAGGGGUGGUGUUUCAGAUAAUCUCGCCACAGUAAUCACAUCUUCGUCGCAGCAAUUGCACAGAAAUGUUUAUCAUUAAGACUCAAAGUUACUGUUUAACGUUAUUUGGAUUGUUUUGAGGGUUUAUAAUAUGAUCUGUGAUCAAAUCCUUGAUAUUUGAAUGCUGCUAGGAAUUCUCCAUCAUUCUCACAAUUUUAUGACUCAUUUUUGCGGUCAAAAAAUGAGAAAAAAAAGAGUUUCCAUUUCUAUCAGCUGCAUGGGGCUGUAGAGAUAUUACAUAUUCGAAAUAAUCUUCUUAUCGAGAUUUUUUAUGGAUUCACUAUAUUUGUUUCUGUUUCUGGAUUUUAAACCAGGCGUAAUUUUAAAAAAUGAAACUCUUUUUUGUCUCAUUUUUUGCGGAUAAAAAAAUCGCCAAAAUCACGUGAUGACUUAACGACGGAGACAACUCCCUGCAGCGAGUGUAAUUUCAAGAGUUCAUUGUAUUGUUUAGCUUGACCGCAGAAUAACUACUGAGACUGUUUCCAUCUUGUCAAUAUUAAUGGUGCGCUCAUAAUAAUUAAUUGUCCCUGAUUGAGCUUUACCUUACUCAAAUCACUCAAUCUCAACGAUAGUCUAAACUCACCUCCACGCACUGUACAUAAAUUAUUGAACAUGGAUUUUACAGUUUUUCAAAUGAUCGAGUUUAUAAAUUAUUUAUAAUGUAGAAUUGUUAACGUUGGAAUAUUUACAAUCUCACGUGAGGAUUACCGAAGUCAAUAAAUUUCAUGUACAAAGAAUUAAUGAGGUACUUGGGAAACUAGAGAGUCGCGUAGUUACCCCGUCCCAAUAUUUUCGGAAGAUAAUCCUCGAUGGUUUCAUUUUUGGUUGAUGAAUCAUUGGGUAAAUUGCAAAAGCCAGUGUGAUCGGCGAUUUUUACUGCGAUUCAUUAUCCUUAUAAAGUUAGUCGUAAUCUACAUUAGUCUGUAAUCGUCAGCUUUCUUUUUUCUAUUUGUAUUGAUAAUGAGUGAUCCAGAAAGAUAAAAUAUAGUUUUUAGAAAAAAAUAUUGUGCGUAGUCUGAUUAUUUCUUUUAAUAAUUAUUACUUGCUGAAUCGAGCAAAAUAUUUUUUGGCUAUGAAAACAUUGUUUUUUUUUAAUGAAAAAAAUUAAAUAAGAGAUAAAUGUAUAAAAGUAAAAGCCAAGUAAAAUAUUGCUGUUAUAAUUAAAGCAGUUACUUUCUGAAGAUUUGUAAAAAUCCAGAUUUUUCGAUGAUCAUAUCAUUGAAAUAAUAUAACGGUUUUCAGCGUUCUCAUAAUUUCUAUAUUUCUUUAUAAAUGAAGGGACAAUCUACUGAUCAUCCAUCGGUGUGAUCGCAGGUGGUGCGCAUUCGCUGUGCUUUACACCGAAUGAGAAUUUCGGGGCAUUUCUCCUGGUGUUAUAGGUCGGGUAGUGCACAGGGCCCGGGCCGACAACAUGACCGAUGGGUUUCGUUCGCGAUUUAAAGGAAAAUGCAGGGUAUUUUCGCUUCACCACAUCAGUGUUGAAGGCGUACGCUGCGGGACCGGGUCCCACGCUUCUCUUUCUUAAAUCGUGUAGUCCCGUUCUGGAAAUAUUAUAAACGUAGAAAAAUAAUUGGAAAGCCCAGGGCUCUCUGCAUAAUUUUAAAGAAUACCAAGAAGUCUGCUGACUUCGUGUUCCGAAUUCCAUUAAAAAAGAAGGAAUAUUUUAAGACUGCUAAAAUUGUCCGAUUUCUACGCGCGUGCCAACUGAUAAUAAAUUAUAAGUACAUAGUGAACGCUCCGAGGGCUCUUUUAUCCGGUAUAUUUGGACCCAAACAAGAAGGAACCGCAUAUGCAUUGGGUGCAGGAAUAUCAUAUCCCAAUUUAUCGGUUUUUCUCCCUUUCAAGGAAUAUGCUGGGGGUCUGGGAACGUGAUUCAUGGGCGGACAACUCUCAGGACGGUAUCCGCAUGGGCCAGGUCCCAAAUCAUAUCCUAGAAAUGGCAAUUAAAUAAUGCAUCCCUAAAUUAUGUAACCCAUAAUAAUAACACUGUUAUUAUUAGUAUUAGUUCAUUAAAUUAAAUUAUAUUAUAUACUUAUGUAUGAAGUUUUUCAUAAAUAAAAAAAUCUAUUGCGUCA